GAGAUGAACCGAUUAAUACUUGCAUCUUCAACAUCGAAUACCCAUAAGACAUAUCGGACCGGCUGGCGAGCAUUCUGUUCAUUUAAACACAACGGUUUCGUUGAAAAUUCCCCCGCCUCACCAGAGGAUGUAAGGCAUUUUAUCGCGUGGCUUUCCCUACAGGGUUUGGCACCGUCAACUAUCGCUACUUAUGUGGCAGGGGUGGGUUACCAUCACAAGAUUAGAAGUUGGCCGGACCCCACCCACGAUUUCUUGGUGACAAAAUUAUUGGCAGGCUGUCGUAGGGACAACUCAGGGAGCGAUACACGGUGGCCAAUGACCGUGCCGGUGCUGGCCCGCACGGUACAAGCUUUAACGCAUAUUUGCAACGACCAUUAUGAAGUUACACUUUUUCGUGCUGUUAUGCUAAGCGCGUUUUUUGGGUUCAUGCGCAUCGGCGAGUUUGCCGCUAUUUCAAAAACCCACAUCCAAAAUUCACUACUCCUCUCUUCGGACGUACAAUUCCAAGAUUUGGGUGAAGCCAAUGCUUCAGUUUUAAUUUCGUUCAGACAUGCGAAAAAUAAUCCAACGGGUCCUCCGCAAGUUGUUCGAUUAGUACGCUCAGCAGAUGAAAGUAUUUGCCCGGUCCAAGCGCUGAGCGUAUUCGCGCAGAUUCGGCCGAAGGUGCCCGGUAGUUUUUUCUGCCAUUUUGGGGGUGAGGCCCUUACUCAGUAUCAAUUCAAUGCCACCUUGAAGAAAGUUCUUUUGUUCUUGGGACUAGAAGAAUCCCCUUUUCGUGCACACUCUUUCCGCAUUGGGGCGGCGUCAACUGCGGCAGCAUUGGGAAUUCCACUUGGGGAAAUAAAAGAAAUGGGUCGUUGGCGUUCAGAAGCCGCCCAACUUUAUAUUCGCCCCCUAAUACAAUGCAAGCUGCCCGGCGUGUAAUUGAGCCAUUUAGUCAGUUAAUUCUAGUGUUCUUUACGGCAGUGAAUUCUUUAAUUAAUUAAAAAUUUUCUUCGCCCCGCCCCCACCCCUCCCACUUAUUUACAGGCGAUGUAUGGAUUGUCGGAGACAGCAUUGUCCGCAGGGCGGCGACCAGGCUGGGGUGUAAGCCUGCAGUACAUUGGAAGGGUCUGGUUGGAGCGAGGUACGGUGAUGUAGUUAAACUAGGGACGGAACUUGCGGCUUUGUGGCCGCAUCCGGCACUGUUGAUUAUCCAUAUCGGCACCAACGACUUGGUCUGUACGGAUUUUUUCAGCAUGCGCCAGCGCGUGGCAUUAUUUAUGCAGGAAUGUCGUGAUUCUUUUCCUAACACUCAGCUAGUAUGGUCAGAUAUCUUGCCACGGGCAUGUUACUUUGGUACGACUAAUCCGUCAAAAAUCGAAAUGAAGCGGCGGCGGCUAAAUAAAUGGGCACGCUCAUUCGGCCGUCGCAUCGGCGUGUCAGUACUCAAUCACCCCCAGUUUACAUGGUCAGAUUUCGCGCUGUUCC